CCGCCUUCUUUCUUUCCCUGUUUGUUCAUUUGAUUGUCGUUAAUAUUUUACAACGGCGUGGGUCUUAUUAUCAGAUUGUUGUUCACAAAAUAUAUAUUUAAACCGCUUUAAGUAUGCGUAAACGAAAGUCAGUAAAGAAAGCGAAUGACGAUUCUGACGGAUCUGAAGGUGGAGGUGAACCAGAAGAAUUUCAGGAUUCUGGAGAAGAUUGGACGCCGGAUGCCGAUCCGAAUGAACAACCAGUUCGUGGUGGUGCUGAUCGUAAACGAACAUCAAAAGCUUCAUUGAAUAACUCGAAAAAAAAACGUAAAAACUCAACUUCAGAAGAAAGUGAAGAGGAGGUUGAAGAGGAUGAGGAAGGUGAAGAUGAAGAGGGCGAAGAAGAUGAAGAGGAGGGGUCUGAUGAUGAGAAGAAUGACUCUGAUGGAAACAAAUCUGAUUCCAGUCAAUCUAAAGAUGUACCAAAGCAUUUCCAUUCUGGAAAUUUUGUAUUGCUGAAAACAGAUGUUAAGUGGGAUGGUGACACAGUAAUUUCAAAGUUGGAUGAAUUAAAUUUAUGGAAAAUAGAUGGAAAAGCAUUGUUACAGAAAUUUAUACCAAUGGAGUCAAAUGGAAAAAUUCUUCACAAAUGCACCUGUGUGUAUUCUGGAUGGAAUGUUGACAACCGUGAUAAUUACUACCCAAUCACUGAAAUUUUGGACCGGAAUCCACGUACAGAUUCUAAGGAAAUUUGUGUAGCAUUAGAUCUAAAUGAUCUUAUUAAAGUAAGAGACAAGUGAAUACAAUAUGUUUUUACGUAAUUCGAUUAAAUAAGUGAAAAUAAAUUAUAUCACUUUAUAAU